AUGAAACAGUCAAUUGCAAGUGCUUUCACCGAGAUAACCGAUCUGGCCAAACCGCUCGACGCUAAGCAAAAAGCAGUCGCUGAAUAUAUAAUGAGGCUUUACCUGCCUUCAGUGAACGAAUUCCCAGCCAAACCGCUCGACGCUAAGCAAAAAGCAGUCGCUGAAUAUAUAAUGAGGCUUUACCUGCCUUCAGUGAACGAAUUCCCAGGUAUUAACGACAUCAAUGGAAGACCAGGUAGCAAUAAUGAUUUCAAUGGAAAUAACGGCGGAUUCGGAAACAGCAAGACAGGAUAUCCCUGGAAUAACAACAACGACAACGGAUAA